AUGGCAAACAAGGUGUUUGCUAGAAGAUAUUGCAGUGCUGGAUGCCUUCAUGCCACAUACUUGGAAAAAGAGUUUUGGAAUGAAAUUGGUUGUGGGAAGAUGGAAACUGUUGAAUAUGCAUGUGAUGUUGAAGGCAGUGCCUUUUCAUCUUCUCCCAUCGACCAGCUUGGGAACAGCAAAUGGAAUUUGAAGAAACUUUCAAGGUUGCCCAAAUCAAGUUUACGGCUUUUGGAAACAUCAAUUCCGGGAGUAACAGCACCUAUGUUGUACAUUGGAAUGCUUUUUAGUCAUGUUGCUUUAGAAUUUGAAAGGGUAGUCAGAGAACAUGUGUACACUAAUAUUUUAUCAAGUGACGGGGAAGAUGGCGCCUUCGAUGUUCUCCUAGGGAAAAUAACUCUAUUUCCACCAAAUAUUUUGUUAGAGCAUGAAGUCCCUGUCUACAAGGUCGUUCAAAAGCCAGGGGAGUUUAUAAUAACCUUCUCCACAGUUGAAACCAUGACUGAAGCCAGCAUGAUAUGCUCUGGGGGAGGUCUUAACGUCUUGGUGGUUUAA